UCAACAUCCCGCAGUGGCGAAUACGUAGCAGACCGUUAAAGCGUCGUAACACAAGGCAUGUCUGAAAAAAGAAGCAACGAAUACGCGCCUCCUGUGUUCAGAUUCACGGACGAAGCAACCCCCAGUGCAAGACGUGACGAUACUCAGGACGUUUCAUCUACUCUGCGCGCCUACACAACCACUUCAGACGACGCCUGGCCUUACCAGUGGAUCACGCUACAGCAGCCAAUAAUGGAUGGGACUAAAAACGUCGACAGUGUCACUGACAAUGGUGGCACAAGCUGCCUGCCGCUGUGGUCCCGCAGCAGCAUUGAUCGCACAAGGUCCAGCGAAAGCCGCGUAGGCAUGGUUCAAGCGUCACCCAACAUAAAAGGGCAUACAGACAAUCCUGAAACUGGAAGCACUGGUUUCCCACUGCCAGUCUACAACAGCAGCAGCAUUGCCGGCGGCGAUGACGCAGUGGCCAGCACAAGCCGCGCGGGCAUGGUGGAAGAAUCGGGUGCACUGGGAAAAGAAGCUAGUUGCAGGAAUGCUACUGGAACCAGAGGAAGAGAACUGCAAGAGUUGUGUGGUGUCUCUGGAAAUGUUCCCAGCGAAAGGAAUGCCUUACACGGAUAUCCCAUUGAACACACGGGCGACACAGCCAAUAUUUACAAAGCGUCUGAUGAAUCAUCUGCGAAGCAGUCGAACUUUGCAAAACAUUGCCGCAAGCGUUCUAGGGAAGACCACAAAUGCGAAAGCUGUGGUAAACUGUUCCCUUGGGGUUCCCUUCUAGUUCGACAUUACCGCACGCACACCGACGAGAGACCGUACAACUGCGAGAUAUGUGAUAAAUCAUUUCGUCGUUCUGAUCACCUAGAUGUGCAUAAGCGCAUGCAUACAGACGAGAGACCCUACAAAUGUGAAAUAUGCGAUACAUCAUUUUCGGACCCAUCGACUUUUCGUAGACACCAGCUCACUCACACUCACGAGAGACCCCAUGUCUGCCACAAAUGUACUAAAGCAUUCAAAAUCAAACAAGCUCUCAAACGUCAUCUCAACUUGCAUUGUAGAUACCGAGCUUUUGGUUGCGAUGCAUGUAAUCUAUCCUUUAUGGAUAAAUCAGGUCUCAGUCAUCACCGUCAAAGCAUGCACAGGGAUAAAAGCACCGUAUGAGUGUACGCAUUGUGGAUUUCGUUUCGCUGAGAAAGAAACCCUCGAUGAGCAUCUGUGUCUGUGUAAUAAGUGCUAGUUAUGUGGAAAUUCUUAUGAAGAAGAUCAACUGAUCACACACCUCGUUACGCAUAGGGGUGAGCAGCCGCAAUAUUCUGACAAGUUCACAAGUUAGGUAAAUCGCCCGCGGCAUUCGCAUAAUAACGCGAGUGUGAGACUGUGCAGAGACACAACGCUAACAUUCUUUCAUAGGCGUCAGCAAUUCCCUGAACACAUCAUGUGCAGAGACCGGCUUCUUUUGACAUUUGAAACGGCUGAGUGAAACGCUGCUUUCUUAAAAAUUAAGAGAGAAGAAGUCGUCGCCAGAAUUUUCUCAUUCUUCAGUCUCGAAGUAUAGUAAAGGUCCUGGUCAG